AUUCCAUCAAUACAACCAUGGCAAAAAAUUUAACCUUUCUCUUCAUUUUCCUCUACAUUGUUAGCAAGACAUAUGGGCAGCCCCUAGUCCCGGCCCUCCUAAUAUUCGGCGACUCCGUCGUCGACGCUGGCAACAACAACUACCUCGAAACGAUCGUCAAGGCCAACUUCCCGCCUUACGGCAGAGACUUCGUCGAUCACAAACCCACCGGAAGAUUCUGCAACGGGAAGCUCGCCUCCGACUUCACGGCGGAGAACCUCGGAUUCACUUCUUACCCCCCGGCCUACCUCAGCAAGAAUGCCACAGGAAAAAACCUCUUGAUCGGGGCUAACUUCGCCUCUGCCUCGUCGGGGUAUUACGAUGAAACGGCGGAGAUAUAUAACACCAUUCCGUUGUCGAAACAGGUCGAGCAUUACAAGGAGUAUCAGAAGAAACUCGCCGCGCUUGUGGGCCCCGCCAACGCGUCCUCGAUUGUGAACGGUUCGAUCCACUUCCUCAGCGCCGGGAGCAGUGACUUUGUCCAAAACUACUACGUCAAUCCUCUGCUCUACGAGAAGUACUCAGUGGAUCAAUUCUCCGACAUCCUCUUGGAGUCGUACGCCGUGUUCGUAGAGGAGGUGUACGGACUAGGCGCUAGGAAGAUCGGCGUGACGACGCUGCCGCCGCUGGGAUGCGUGCCGGCGGUGAUCACGAUUUUCGGCGAGGACCGGAACGAUUGCGUGGAGAAGAUGAACAGGGCAGCGGCGUCGUUCAACGGGAAGCUGAACGCGACGUCGCAGAGGCUGCAAGGGAAGCUCUCUGGUCUGAACCUCGUCGUGCUCGACAUUUACCAGCCUCUUCUGGACAUCGUGACGAAGCCCACCGACUACGGUUUCUUCGAAGCAAGAAAGGCGUGCUGCGGGAGCGGCCUGGUGGAGACGUCGAUUCUCUGCAACGGGAAGUCGCCGGGGACGUGCAAGAAUGCGACGGAGUAUGUUUUCUGGGACGGCUUUCACCCCACCGAGGCUGCGAACAGGAUUUUGUCCGAUGAUCUCCUCCCUGCUGGACUCUCUCUCCUUUAAAUUAUUAUUAUUAUAUUUUCUAUUGUUUGUGUUGGUUUUAUGUUUUCCGUACAAGAGAAGGGCAUUUGAUUUAUGAAAGUAUGUUCGAAUGGAUAUUUAUAAA